CUUUCGYUUUCGAUCAUCUUCUAGGGAAAUGAAGCAAAGGAAAAGAAGACGUGCUUUAAAUGAAAUAUUUCAGAAAAAGACAGAGUUUCCCGUGAGCCAACCGCAGUCGUUGAGAAACUACAUCUUACGUCCAGUCGAAUUAACCGUCAAGACAGUUUCUGCGUUGACUUCAAUUCCUCAACAAAGAAUUGUCUGCUUGACCCUUGCUGUUACAAGUUACAAAUUCCUGCUUCCACAUGAACUGACAGCCAAGGAACAAGUGAUUACAAUAGUGUUUUGGGUGCUGGUAGACUCUCUAGAACCGCCUAUAGUGGCUGAAUACAUAGGAGAGGUCAAAGACUUUGGAGACAUGAUGKGUAGAGUUGCAUUCCUACCUGUCAGGUUACUUGGUGGUCUCGUGUCGGCUUUAAUGGAUUGCUUUCCUUUGUCUAGAGCUGGUAGGCUGUUAUCAUGGACAGGCGACUGUGCCAUUCCAGUUUUCAACUGGUUCAUUGACUUGGCACGACCGUUUUUUGUUCAAGACAAGCUUCURUACAAACACAAAGGUAAUACGCCUGAGAUGGUGCGCUCAGUCCACUUACCAUGGUCAACUGCCAGUGACACUUUCCAUGGAAUCCAUAACGCAACUCUGCAGAACUCAUCACAGUCCACCCUCACGCCAGUCAAGGCAACAAUCAACGCGUAUAUCUACCGUCCACUCGAGCUAACCGUCAAGACAGUUUCUGCGCUGACWCAGAUUCCUCAACAACGCGUAAUUUGUUUGACUCUUGCUGUGACAAGCUAYAAAUUCCUGCUUCCACAAAAACUGACAGCCAAGGAACAAGCGAUCACAACAGUGUUUUGGGUGCUGGUUGACUCUCUAGAGGCUCCCAUAGUAGCUGAAUACACAGGAGAAGUCAAAGAGCUUGGAUACAUGAUGGGUAGAGUUGCUUUCCUUCCUACGAGAAUACUCAGUGGCGUCGUUUCAUUGACAGGUAGAUGUACAUGGGAUGCGCUGUCAUGUCUUGUCCRACCGGUGUACGACGCAAUGGCCUAUUGCUUAAUACAGUCGCUCAACUUGGUGAUUUCUGUUCACAACUUGUGCUGGCCAGUAAUUUCCAGGUGUUACAACUACUUGGUUUUCCCUCUGUUUGUCCAGGAAGAGCGUCAGUCAAGUUUUUCAUAUUAUGUGUUGUAUGCCAUGAAUACCAUCCUACAUGCUGCUUUCUUGCCGUGCAAGGUGCUUAUUCUGGAACCAGUAUAUACCCUGAUCUACUACAGCUCAACAGACAUGUCACUCAACUAUAUAAUUGAAUCUUGGAUCAACAGUAGUAAAAACAUGGCGUGGUACAUCGUUGUUUAUCACUGGCAACUCACRUCAAUUGUCUGUCUGUUUUGCUUAUGGAUAUGGAGCAUUAUCAACAAGAUUUUGAACGGUAAGUUAUGAAAGCCUGUUUGACAGACUAAAAACAUGUUUUUCAUACUGCACCGCAUCGCAAAAAAACUCAAUUUCUCAAAAUAACCGCAGAGAAUAGUUUGUAAAACUCUUUUUAAG